UUGAAAACAAAAGCCAUGCGAGCCCAGCUAGGCUAACACUGGUCAGGUUAAUAUUGGACUAUGCAGAGGUCAUGACCAAAUGUACACCUAAACAGACACGUUUUAACAAGGAUUAAACAAUUUAACAUGGACUUGUUAUCACAAGAUGAAAGAAAAGUACAGGCAGUUGUUGAGGAAAACACAGAGGAUGUUAAUCCAAAAAGAGGACGUGGACGCCCCCGCAAGAUGGACAAGCCUGAGAAAAUCAAAGCACCUGGCAGAGGGCCUGGACAUCCUCCCAAAAUUGACAGUCCAGAGAAGCUAGCUAAUAUAACAACCGAAUCAGAUGAUGUAUACAAAGAAGAGAAAUCUGAUGAAGGGGUUCAACAGAAUGGCAGAGGUCGUGGACGUCCUCCAAAAUGUAACACAGAAAGAAGUAUGGGCCUGAAGUUGUUAGAGGAAGAAAAAGAAGAAUCAACAGAAGAAAUGGAGAGGGACUUAAAACUAAAGAAAAGUAGAGGACGUCCUCCAAAAACGAACAGGGAGCCAGAAAAAAUCAAAGUACGAGGCAGAGGGCGUGGGCGCCCGCCAAAAUCUACAACAUCAAAUAGUCUAAACAUGACAUCAGCAGCAAAUGAUUCAGAGGAUGAAGUCAUUCCAAGUAGCAGAAGUCCUUCUAACAGUCACUCACCAAGCAGCAUGUUAUUGCCAACAAUUAAUAAACAAGAAUCACCAGAGGAAGAGAAAGAAGAGGGGGAGAUGAGCGUUAAUCCAAAAAGAGGUAGAGGACGUCCCCCCAAAAUGGACAAAAAGCCAGAAGUUAUAAGAGUACCUGGCAGAGGGCGUGGCCGUCCCCCCAAAUCUGCAAAGGAUUCUUUGAACAGCAUAAAUUUGUUAUCACCAACGAAAAAGGAUGUGGGAUUAGAAGAAUUGGAGGAAGUGGAUGAGGAGGGCAGUCAGAUAAAGAGAAGUCGUGGACGUCCCCGAAAAACGGACAAGAAGCCAAAGAAGAUAACAGUACACGGCAGGGGCAGAGGACGUCCCCCAAAAACUGAAAAGUCAAAUAGGAAUAAAGAAAAAAGUGGGGCAUCUGAUGAGGUAGAACUGAAGGAAUAUGAAGCAAUUGAGGACUCUGAGGAGGGAAAUCUGUCUCACAGGAAAAGGGGAAGACCUCGCUCAGUGGACAAAGUGUCACGCAGUCGAAGGAAAAGUCCAUUAAAUUCAGCUGCAAAUAGCAAAGAAUCUUAUGAUGAGGACUCUAUUGAGGACUCCAGUGACAGCUGGGACAGUGGAUCUGAGACAGAGGACAAAGAGGACACAGACUGGGACAUCUCACAACAGAACUGUAUACAAAAACCAGUAAAAAAGGGCACUAGGAAGUCUCCAAGGAAGAUGAAAAGAGGAAGGGGUAGACCCCAUAUAGUGAAUAAAAAUCCUGCCAGUCCUCAGAGAAGAGCAGUGAAGUCCAAAGUAGAUACACAAGAAUCUGGUGAUGAGGAGUCUAGUGAGGACUCCAGUGAUAACUGGGACAGUGGAUCUGAGACAGAGGACAAAGAGGACACAGACUGGGAUAUCUCAGAUGAGAAUAACCUCAAAAUAAAAAAACAAAAACCAAUGAAAAAAGGCACUUGGAGCUCCCCUCGAGAUGUAAACAAGCCUGGGAAAAGGAAGAGGUACACUUCUGCUUUCUCAAGUGAUGAGGAGGAAGAGGAAGAAGUAGACCCUGAUACAACCAAUAAAACUACCAGCCUGUCUGUCAGUAAAAAGACGAGAUUGGAAGACAAAGAGGGAGAAUCAGAAAAUGAAAGUACAUCCCAGAAACCUCUCAAGAGAGGUCGUGGAAGACCACCUAAAUUGCACAAAGAUGGAGAUGAAGACAUAAAUGAUGAAGAAUGUUUACAAGACAGGGAUUCCGAAAAUGAAGGACCGUCCCCAAAAUCUCUCAAGAGAGGUCGUGGAAGACCUCCUAAAUUAAACAGAAAGACAAAAAGUUGGAGAGAUGAAAAUGUAGAGUUGGAAGAAAGGAUGAAUUCAAAGGAAGGAGAGAAUUCAAAAGAUGCAGAGUCAGAAAAUGGAGGACCGUCCCCAAAAUCUCCCAAGAAAGGUCGUGGAAGACCUCCCAAAAUACAAAGACAGACAGAUCUGACAGAAAGAGGGAAAGAUGAAAAAAGUGAGAUGGAAGGAAAGAUAAAUUCAGAGGAUGGAGAGAGAUCAAAAGACAGGGAUUCAGAAAAUGGAGCACUGUCUCCAAAAUCUCUCAAGAGAGGUCGAGGAAGACCCCCUAAAGUGAAAUGACAGAAUUAAUGAAACAGAGAAAGGAGAAAUCAUGGAAGUGAAAAAAAUGAAUUCUGAAGAGAAAGAUUAUACUUUAAGGAAAUACAUCUAGAAAAAAAAGCAAGUCAGACUAGUGAAUAAGAAAUGGACACAUUAAUAGAGAUCUAGAAAAAGAUUGAAGAUGUUCAAGAAUGAAAUGAAGUCAGUGAUGAUUCUCAGUAUACACAGAUACAUUAUAUGCAAAUGCCCCAGGCAGCACAAAGUAGAAAACUUAACAUGUCUUCUACUUUAGAAUACAUACAUUUAGCUUAGUAAUACUAAAUUUGUUGAAUCAUAUCAAAGUUGUCAGUUGGACUUCCUCCUGUAAAAAAGAGCUUUAAAAAUGUACCAGGGUUAAUGAACUUUUUUG